AUGAAUAACAUUAUUAUUGAACCAAGUUCAGCUGGUAAAGGACGAAAACCAUUGGUAAAUAAAGAUCAGUGGAAACGAGAAAUAGCAAAAAAACGAAGCAGUGAUGAAGUUAUUGAUUCAGACGACGAUCAGAGUGAUUUCUCUAACAUCCAAAAUACUUUAUUCACAAUUAUGCUCGAAACACCUGAAAAUGCAGCAAUAAAGAACGAUAACAAAAAGCCUAGAAAACCAGCUAUCAACAGUCGAGCCCAAGUUUUUACUAAAGAUUUAUUCGGUAGAUGUAUUGGAAAAAGUGAUUUAGAAAAUAUUAAAGCCAAUACGCAUACUACAGAUGUGUACACUAAACUCGACUGUUCUGUUCUCUAUGAACCAUAUGGCGCAUCAGAGUUAGUUUGUAAUAUUCCUAAUGAAUUGCACACGCGUUCACACACCGCGUACAGCAUGAAAACAGAACUUUUACUAGGACCACGACAAGGAUAG